AUGACUAUCAAAGGGUGUUGCUCCGUGGUUAAGUACCUGGUGGUACUGGUGAAUCUGCUGUUCUGGGUCGUUGGGUUUUUGAUCGUUUCGCUAGCCAUCUGGAUGCUGUCGGACCCAACCUUCCUGAUAUCGAUGACCCAAAACGAAAAGAACUACACGAUCGGUUUGUACAUCUUUCUCGCUGUCGGUGGGCUGAUGCUGAUUGUCGCCUUUCUCGGGUGCUGUGGCGCAUUCAAGGAAUCUCAAUGGAUGCUCACCUCGUUUUUCUGUUGCCUACUGAUGGUGCUUGUUGCUGAGCUGGCUGCCGGUGCUUGGGCGUACCAAAACUCGGACAAACUGGAUAAUGUGGUCCGGUCCGCAGUGAAGGAAGCGGUCCAAACACAGUACGGUGUUAUACCGACCCGUACCGCCACGCUGGAUGCUAUUCAGAAGCAUUACAAAUGCUGCGGUGCGGAAGGACCGAACGAUUGGCAAUCGAGCGCAUUCAACAACGUGGAACGUCCAGCGCUGAGCGUCGAAAUUUCCACCCAACCUGCCAGCUACAAGGUGCCGGAAACAUGCUGCAUUGCCAAUAUCACGCCGGAACAGUGCAAAAAGGCGACGCACAUGGAGUUUUUGGCAUCGGCUAAAACACGAUCGGAUCUAUUCGUGGAUGGUUGUAUGGAAAAGCUAGUAAAGGCAGUGCAGGAAAACAUUAAACUGAUCUGCUACGUCGGUGCUGCAAUCGUCGGUAUUGAGCUGCUAACACUCAUACUUUCCCUGCUGUUGUGCUGCGCUAUCCGCCGGAACGAUAACUACAAGCACUAA